GUCCAGCUUCCCCGGUGCAGCAGAACUGGCCGCGCGUGCACUGGGCUAGCCCGGGCUUGGCGGUGGCGUCGAGCAGAGACGGCAGCACCACGCCUCUGAGCUGCAGCUGGCUUUUGUGGCUUCUUUCGCUUGUCCCUUCAGAGAACGGGCUUGAGGCUCGUUCAGAAUGCAACAAAUGUGCUAGGGAGAGCGGGCGCCGCCUUAGCCAAACAGUGGCGAGAAGGAGGCACUAGGUUUUAUUUCUGUUUGUGUUGGAGCCAAGGGAGGUAGUAGGAAGAAGAAUGAAACGUUUGGGAGAAGCGACAUGGAGCUUUGUUCGCCUCGGCAGUGCUGCUGAUUCCGGCCAAGGAGCGAGCAACGCUUUCUCAGCUCAGCCAGCUCUUCUCUUCUAGUCUCCUCCCUCCGCGUUGUCUUCGCUCCCCCUCCUUUUCAGUGUGUGUGUGUGUGUGUUCAAGAUGGAGUCGCAGUGCCCUCUACAGGCGGAGAUUCGCUGCUACAGCAGUCCUCUUGUGCCUCCGAGUCUCGAGGAGAAUGGCCAUGUGAAGGUGAAUGGUGAUGCCUCGCCAGCAGCUGCGGAGGCUGGCAAGGAGGAGGUCCAAGCCAAUGGCAGUGCGCCAGCGGAAGAGUCGGUAAAGGAAGAGCAGACCCCUUCGGAGCCUGCCUCUGAGAAAGAGGCGGCGGAAGCCGAGUGCACAGAGCCAGCCUCUCCCGCUGAAGGGGAGUCCUCCUCUAAGACGGAGGAGGGCGCGACUCCUUCUUCCAGCAACGAGACCCCGAAAAAAAAAAAGAAGCGCUUUUCCUUCAAGAAGUCCUUUAAGCUAAGUGGCUUCUCCUUCAAAAAGAACAAAAAGGAGUGCGGGGAAGGUGCUGAGAACGAAGGGGCAGCCACUUCUGGGGACGGAGGGAAAGAUGAAGCUGAAGGAGCCGCUGCUCCCGAGGCAGCAAGCAACGAGGAGAGCAAACCUGCCCAGGAGGAGUCUCCUGCGGCGGCUGCUAACAGCACAGAGGAGGCCAAGGAGGAGACUGGUGGCUCGCAGGAGGCCAAAUCGGAAGAGACUGCACCAGAGCAGCCUGCAGGAGAAGAGGCCAAGCCUGCCGAAGAGCAGAAGCCGGAGGAUAAGCAGGAAGAAGCUCCAGCUGCCCCUGUGCCUAGUGCUGCCGCUGAAGCCACCUCAACUGAACAAGAGGCACCCAAAGCAGAGGAGCCAGCAGCAGCAGCUCCUACACAGGAAGCUCCAUCUGAGCCUAGUCCAGAAGCUCCACCAGCUGAGUCGGCAGAGUAAAAAAAAAAAUGGCAAUUUUGAGAUGAUUGAACUUUUCUUCCCCCCUGUUUGUUUGUUUGGAGUGGUGCCAGGUACUGGUUUUGGAGAACUUGUCUACAACCAGGGAUUGAUUUAAAAAGAUGUCUUUCUCUUUUUUGUCUCUACCCACAGAUCCCAUCUCAGAUCAUUCUGUUACCACCAUUCCAGCUGGCAGAGGAGACUAAAUGCCUCUCUGUCUUGUUCCUCUUUUUUUGCAUCAGUAUUAAUGUUUUUUGUUUUUUGUUUGCAUACUUUGCAUCUUUAUUCAAAAUGUAAACUUUUUUUCUCUGUCAAUCUAUGGACAUGCCCAUAUAUGAAGGAGGUGGAUGGGUCAAUAAGGAAUAGCAAAUGAAGUGAUAGGGGUCACAUGGGGAAUUAGUGGUGCAGAUAACUUGCCAAGAAAAUGUGCCACAAGAAAUAAGGGGUUAGUCUUUUUUAAAAAAGUUAUUACAAUGUAUUUUGUGAGGCAGAUGUUCUAUAAGGUUUACAACACUACAAGUCUUGAUUAAGAAGGAAGAAGAAAAAUUCCAAUACUCAGAUUUAAAAAAAAAAAUCAUAGUCUUAGGAAAUUCAUUUAAACCAUAGGAACUUUCACUUAUCUCAUGUUAGCUGUACCAGUCAGUGAUUAAGUAGAAAUACAAGUUGUAUAGGCUUUAUUGUUUAUUGCUGGUUUAUGACCUUAAUAAAGUGUAAUUAUGUAUUACCAGCAGGGUGUUUUUAACUGUGACUAUUGUAUAAAAACAAAUCUUGAUAUCCAGAAGCACAUUAAGUUUGCAACUUUUUCCACCCUGCCCAUUUUCCUUUUUUUUUUUUUUUGUAAAAUUGCAGUAAUCUUGGACCUUUAAACAAAAACAAAACACACACAAUUUUAAACUCAACCAAGCUGUGAUAAGUGGAAUGGUUACUGUUUAUACUGUGGUAUGUUUUUGAUGACAGCAGACGAUGCUUUCUUUUUCCAGUUGUCUUUGAGAAUAAAGAAGAAAAAACCAAUUCCAGAUGCAAUGGUUUUUGUGUAGCAUCUUGUCUAUCAUGUUUUUUUGUAAAUACUGGAGAAGCUUUGACCAAUUUGACUUAGAGAUGGAAUGUAACUUUGCUUACAAAAUUGCUAUUAAAUUCCUGCUUAAGGUGUUCUAAUUUUCUGUGAGCACACUAAAAGCGAAAAUAAAUGUGAAUAAAAUGUAGAAUUUGGCUGUGUUUCUUUUUCUGGAUAUUCCUGAUAGCUUAGUAGAUUGACUGUAUUGUCUAAAUUUGUAUAAAGGCACUUGUUUGCCACUUAACAUUACUCUCACUUUCUAAAUUAUGGAUUGUGUGGUCUUCUGGGCCCAAUAAAAGCUGUAUCUAUAGAGUUAGAUUUAAGGUCUUCUACAUGAAGAUGUGCAUUGGAUUUUAAAUGAACAACCUGUGCCACUCUAGACAUGUUGCUAAUAUGAGAUCUAGCAAAAACAGAAUUAAGAGGAACUUAACUGUUCACAACAGGCUUGCACCAGUUGACUUUAGUGGGUAUGUGUAGGCAAAGCUUUGAUCACUCUAUGGUACAUUGGAUUAUAAUCUCUUAGCUUGAGUUGACUUGACACUUUGGCUGUGGUUGUUUGGGAUGUCUUGGAUCACCACCUGAGUUUUCAAAUAUGGACAUCUGAAUUCAGGUAUCAACACAGCAAAGGUCCAAUCUUAUGUGUUUGUUCUUAAUCAUGUCAACAUCUACUUCAGUGCCUGACUUUAAGCAACCAGCCUUGGAAGUUUGGCCUAAAGUAAGCGUUUUUGUUCUACCAAAUUGUUGAGCAAUAUUUUUUGUAUAUUACUCCCAGCUAUAGGCGAGUUGACCGGGGGGGGGGGAGCUUGCUAUAUUUGUCUAUAAAAUAGUCACUUGGUGCUUGCCUUCUAACUGUUUAGGCUUUUGGGCUAAUUUCCACCAUAUUGCUCAGGGCAAAAUAUGCCUUAAUAAAAUGGUAGGCUUUUGUAAAAACAAAUGCAGAGUAGUAAUGGUGUUGGAGGGUGGAAAUUGAAUCAAGGAAGUGUUGCUCCUACAUUUAUAGGUGGAAUUUAGUGUUACACUUAACUUGCUUCCAUCAAUGUUUUCAGCAGUAACUUGCUUUGGAAGCAAUUACUCUUUAUUUUAUGAGAGAGUGGCACAUUAGCACCUUGUUCCCUAAAGAACAAAGCCUGAGCUGAAUGAAGUUCAGUGGAUUCCAUACUGAAUACAUACUCUUAUUCAGCUGUCCACAUCUUUUUUUUCCUUUUCCGGCUUGUAUAUAUACUCUGGUCACCCUGGUAUUUCUCUGUAGUGUUAGAAAUGUAUUGACUAUUAUGCUUUAAAUGGCCAUGGGAUGAAAUAAAUGGAUGUAAAAUGAGA